GUGCAGCUCAACAGUCGUCCGGGUGGAAAUAGAUGCCCAACUGUCUGAUAAAUAGUUCCAGUGUACAGGCAGCUUCAUAUUAAACAGCAUGGCGGCGUCCUUGAGGUUGUUGAGUUCUUUAUCCAGGUCCGGCUCAUUAUGCAGCUCCUCUGGAAGCAGAGCUCUCCACGUCACUGCAGCGUGCUGCAAGAACAAAGCAGCUCGUGUCCGAGUGGGGAAAGGAGACAAACCUAUAACCUAUGAGCAAGCACUUCCACCUCAUUACAUCGCCCACCGCAAAGGAUGGCUGUCACACAAUACCAGUAACCUGAAAGGAGAGGAGGGCGCAGCUGACCGGACCAUAGAGGACGUGUUCAUAAGACGUUUCAUGUUCGGGACCUUCCACGCCUGCCUGGCCAACGAGAUCGUGAUCAAACGACGCGGCAACCUGCUCAUCGUGUGCGCUUUAAUGAUCCAGAAGUUACCUCCGCAGAAGUUUUACUUCUUGAUCGGCUACUCGGAGUCGCUGCUGUCGCACCUGUACAAAUGCCCCGUCAAGUUAGAGAUUCAGACGCUGCAGGAUAAAGCUGUGUACAAGUACCUCUAAUGUUGUACUAAUACUGAAUGUUUCUACUAGAGAUGUUUUACCACCAGAUGGAUUCUGCUCUUGUUCUUCAGCGUUAUUGCUUUUGUGAAAUAAAUGCUCAGAUUUAAAUAAACAUGUGUUAUUGAAACAUCAUGCCUGAUAUUGUUAAACAUAUAUAGCAACUACAAGGUUUAAUAAACUGUAUGUAUGUAUGUAUAUACUGCAGCUCCAGUUCACUCUGAUUCAACUGUUAUUUACAUUUGGAAAUGUCAUCCUUUUAUCUAUGAGCGGUGGAAGUAACAAAUAUUAAUUGAUAAAAAAUUGAGGCGAUAAUAAAUGCAUUUAAAUUGAA